GGCCUGGAGGGGAGAGGUGUAUGUUCUCAGUGCAGCCCUCGUCACCGUGGAUACAGGAGGGAGGAGAGCCGGAGGAGUCUUAAAAGAACGCAACACCACAGGACAGACGACUUCUCUCCAUCCCCCCCGCACUCUGGAAUUCUUCUAUUGGGUUCCUUUUUAGAUACAUUUUUUUUUUACCCCCGUCACUGUUCUCCACUAUGAACACACCAAUGACAACGGCUGCUGUGGCGUUGGCCACCUGCCACACCAACGCCACGAUAUGCUCGGACACGUCGUGCCUGGUGGCUCCCAGCAACUACAACAAGAUCCUGAGCCUAGUUCUCAGCAUCGUGCUGACCGUCAUGCUGGCCAUGGUCAUGUUCUCCAUGGGCUGCACUGUGGAGGCCGGAAAGCUGUGGGGACACAUCAAGAGACCAUGGGGAAUUUUUAUCGGCUUCUUGUGCCAGUUCGGCAUCAUGCCCUUCGCUGCCUUCGCCCUGUCGCUGGCCUUCAAUGUGCUGCCCGUGCAGGCCGUCGUCAUCAUCAUCAUGGGCUGCUGUCCCGGUGGCUCCAGCUCUAAUAUCAUUGCCUACUGGCUGGAUGGAGACAUGGACCUCAGUAUCAGCAUGACAGCCUGCUCCUCUAUCCUGGCCCUGGGGAUGAUGCCUCUGUGUCUGCUCAUCUACACGUCUGUCUGGACCUCUGCUGACACCAUCCAGAUCCCCUACCAAAGCAUAGGUAUCACCUUGGUGUCCCUCCUGAUCCCCGUCGCCCUGGGAAUCUACGUCAAAAACAAGUGGCCUGAAACAGCCAAAAAGAUCCUCAAGGUGGGUUCCAUAGUUGGCCUCCUCCUCAUCAUCAUAAUUGCGGUGGUAGGUGGGGUGCUGUACCAGUCCUCCUGGACCAUCUCUCCCUCUCUCUGGAUCAUCGGAGCCAUCUACCCCUUCGUAGGCUUCACCCUGGGCUUCUUCAUGGCUCGCUUUGUAGGACAACCCUGGCACAAGUGUCGUACCAUCGCCCUGGAGACAGGCUUCCAGAACUCCCAGUUGUGCAGCACCAUCGUCCAGCUAACGUUCUCCCCUGAAGAGCUGGAGGUCAUGUUYGCCUUCCCGCUCAUCUACAGCAUCUUCCAACUGGUGGUGGCUGUCAUGUCUGUUGGAGCUUACCAGAUGUAUAAGUGGAAGUGUGGAGGCGGUUCGUCUGAGUUAGACAGCGAGGGAGCAGAGGGGGACGCUGAGGCACCUAAGGAUAAGCAGGAGUACGCCCUGGAAAAUGGAGGCUUUGAGUGCGACGAGAAUGGCAACAACGGAGAAAAGGGCAAGAUCACCCAGAUGUGAGCACGGACAGGCCGCGGGACUCUUUGACAGUUAGCAGCACGCAGCGACCUGGGUGCAAUACCGUACCUACAUCCUUCCCACUCAAUCACACCAUACACACACACUGACCUUGACAGGCUGAAAUUGUGCAUUAUAGGGUCCUGCCAUUUAAAAAGUGAGGUAUUCUCAACAUGGGAGAGGUUUCUGUGAAGCUUUACUUCAAUAACAAAAAAAACAAAAUCUUCAGGGGUAGGAAACCAUCUCAGAUCCUGAAUGAAGUCUGAGUUCUCCUGUACCUCACUUUUUUUAUUUUUUUACAACAGUGUAUACCUGCAGAGACCUCGUGGAGGCCAGCAGUGUGGUAGUGACUGAGGUGAGGUAUUGUGAGAUUUGUUGAGUGGUGAGGGUUUACAUCCUCUCUAGCUCCACAAGAGACAGAGGAAACUGUUCACCGUGAAAAGGUUUCUGUCUAGUCACUCCUGUCAGAACUACAGUAACUUUUUCAAUAUUUAUAUUUGCAAACCAGUCAACCUAAACUAAUUUAUUAGUCCAUGUCGUAGGACUCAUGACACACACACACACCAGCAUUAAGACAUUAUAUUGAAUUUUAAAUGGACCCCUCCAGGAUAUUUUACGCAUGCCUCAUUAUUUUAUAAUUUGUAUGUUAAAGCAACAAACAAAAAAAUACAUUACAAGUCUUCAUUUAGUUUUACAUUAUUAGACAGUACAUUUGAACCAUAUUUAUGAAUGUACUGUCUUUGUAUCCAUUUAGAUUUACAUAGAUGAAUAGCCUAAAUACAGACUAUACCAAACAUCAAGAACCCCUUCCUAAUAUUGAGUUGCACCCCCUUUUGUCUUCAGAACAGCUUCAAUUUGUCGUAGCAUGGACUACAAGGUGU